AUGUGCGCUGAUGCUCACCUGGGCAGCUUCAGGUGCUGGCAGGCUGCCUGCGGGUCACCUGCGUCUGUGGCUGUUGGCUGCUGGGUGCGGCUGGCCACUAUGGUACGCUGUUUGCUGCUGUCAGUGAUUCUGCCGCGUGCGCCAAAUGUCUCAGCAUAUAUUGGAGGUGAGAGUGUUAUUCUAGAUUAUGUUGACUUUGGACAAGUUGGUCUUGAUGAUUUUCUUAGUGUUGCACAGAGGGGAGGGAUUAAAAAGCCCAUGAGGUUUUAUGUCAAAACAAGUGGUUGGUUUCUUUUAUUAAAUGAUGACAUGGAUUUGUACAGGAUUUGGGAUGAGAGAGUGGGUACUUUUAGAUACAUUCACAUUUAUGUGGAUGAUAUGAAAGGUCAAAGUGGAGGUUCAGUAAUCAAUGGUAAAGAUAGAGGUGAAGUAGGAGAUGGGCUGGUUGGUGAGAAUGAUUGUGGAGUAGGAGAUGGAAUGGUUGGUGAAAAUGAUGGUGGGGUUGUUCAUGGUGAAGAAGAUAAUGGUGAAAAUGAGAGUGAGUGUGGUGUAGAAAAAGUGAAUGAGGGUGAGAAUGGUGAGGUGAAAUCUACAAGACCAACCUUGAGUAAUGUGAAGCAUGCAAAUAACCAUCAGAACCCAAUCUUGAAACAAUACAAGCAACCACCUACGGUUUUUCAACAAUUCCAACAGACAAUGCCAAGUAAAGGUGUCAACAUUAGAGGACUAGCACCUAUUGUUGGUAACCAUAUCAUCCCUAGUCAAGAGAGUUGCAUAUCAGGGAGAGAAACAAGGAUGAAAGAAAUAUUUGCAGAAGCUAGCAAGAAGUAUACUUCUAUAAGCAGCUUAGUGGGUUGCAUGAAUUCAGUAAAAGACAAAGUCAAGAAGAAGGGCAAUGGUCCAAACUGA